AGACGUCAUUCCUCAAACUGAAAGAAAGGACCCAGGAAUUAAUGUAUUUGCGCUUGCAUGUUGUAUAUUGGAAACGAUUAAGUAAAUAUAAAAGGUAAAAAUGCCCUUGUUUGAAGGGUUGGGGAGUGGAGGGGAGAAAACUGCAGUCGUCAUUGAUUUAGGAGCAGCCUACACAAAAUGUGGCUUUGCUGGAGAAACGGGGCCCAGGUUCAUCAUUCCUAGUGAGAUCCAGAAGCCUGGACAACAGCAGUCUAUCAAAGUGGUUCAGUACAACAUCAACACAGAGGAACUCUACUCCAACCUCAAGGAGUUCAUCCACACGCUCUACUUCAGGCAUCUGCUGGUGAACCCCCGUGACAGGAGAGUGGUGAUCAUCGAGUCCAUCCUCUGUCCCUCCCACUUCAGAGAAACCCUCACCAAGGUCUUCUUCAAACAGUUUGAGGUGCCCUCAGUGCUGUUUGCCCCCAGUCAUCUCAUGUCCAUCAUGUCUCUGGGCAUCAACUCAGGCCUGGUGAUGGACUGUGGCUACACUGAGACAUUGGUGCUGCCAGUGUAUGAGUGCAUCCCCAUCCUGUCAGCCUGGGAAGCCCUGCCUUUGGGUGGAAAGGCCAUUCAUAAGGAGUUGGAUGGGCUCCUGGUGGAACAGUGUACAGUAGACUCAGACUCCAGUACUGGACAGAGUCUAUCUACUGUCGUUGGCUCCAUCCCAGAGGAAGUUGUGGAGGAUAUCAAGGUCAGGACCUGUUUCGUCAGUGACCUACAGAGAGGCCUGAAGAUCCAGGAGGCCAAGUUUAACCUAGAGGGCACGGCUGAGCGACCAACACCACCCCCUGAUGUUGAUUACCCAUUGGAUGGGGAGAAGAUUCUGCAUAUCAAGGGACCAAUCAGGGACUCAGUGAUGGAGAUGCUGUUUGAGCAGGACAAUGAGGAGAAGAGUGUGGCCACUCUAGUGCUUGACACUCUGGUCAAGUGUCCCAUCGACACUCGUAAGGUUCUAUCUGAAAACCUGGUCAUCAUCGGGGGCACAGCCAUGCUGCCUGGCUUCCUGCACCGGCUCCUGGCUGAGAUACGCCUCCUGGUGGACAAACCCAAGUACCGCGACACCCUGGCCACCAAGAGCUUCAGGCUGCACAGUCCUCCAGCCAAACCCAACUGCACCGCAUGGCUCGGAGGAGCGAUCUUUGGAGCACUGCAAGACAUCCUGGGUAGUCGCUCUGUGUCACGCGACUACUACAACCAGACAGGCCGUAUCCCCGACUGGUGCUCUCUCAGCUCCCCGCCGCCAGAAUCAGUCUAUGAUGCAGGGAAGACCCCCCCGCCACUCAUGAAGAGAGCCUUCUCCACAGAGAAAUAAACCACCAGACCAGACACUAUUGUCUACUCCUGGUCUGCGUCUGCAGUGCCACACUAUACCAAAAAUAGUGCACCUACUUUGGGCCCUGUUCCAAAGUAGUGCACUGUAUAGGGAAAAUGGUGGCAUUUUAGACAUAGUCCACCCUAGGCACAACAAACACACCCCAGACAUAACAACUUGAACCUACCAGACGUUAUGGGUGUGUCUCAGUAGUCUAUUGUGGCUUCCUCUCCUCAUGCCCUUCCCCUCAUCUGUAAGGCGAGGGAGCCACUUUAGACUAUAGAGAUGCACCCAGCAUCUCAACCCCCAGAUGGCUGUGGAUUGUGGGGGUUGUAGUUUUAGUUCUAUCAGUCUUUAUGUGUCUGUUCUUGUUCUGAAAGACUCCUCCUGCCACACUGCCAUCCAGACUGCUCACUCUAUUGCUAAACUUGAUAUUUGAUCUAAGGAGGGCACUGGUACAGUAGUCAGCAUUUGAAUUGAGAGUACUGUGCUGGGGUCAGGGGUCAGGGAGAGCAAGUUCUGGGUCUAGAGCUUUGUACACAAGGCAGUCUUGAACAGAGUUGUGGCCAUGAGGCAGAAGUGUGGAUUUGACUCGGUUUUCCAGUUGAACUGUUUUCCAGCUGAACUGAGGCUUUUCAUGUUAAAACAUACUCUUGAGCUGUAUAUAGAAAAUGUCAGUAAGAAAAUGUACUGCAGUUCAACCAGAUACAUUGUAGUUCAACUAAAUAAAUUGUAGUUAAAAAGAUUUGUUUAAUUGCAGGUCAGUUUUGAAGUUUGGCUCUGUCAAGUUUCUCUUUAUGUAGUCCUUAUGAAUGCUACCCCUAGGCAUUCAUUUUCAGCUAAUAUGAAGUGUUUUAUUUGCCAUUUAUUUAUUUUUCUUUGCCAUGUAAAACUAAGUAAUAUCAGUUUCAAUCUCCCAAGAGCUUUUAUCCUGUAAUGCAUAAACUCAAACAGCGCUAAAUAAACAUUCCCGCUGUUGCA